UCUAUCUGCGGGAGCUCACCUCCUUUUCUGGUGUUUUCCUUCAGGUGAACUAUGGCUUCACCAUGAGAAUCAUUUUCUAAACCUUACGCAGUGUUCUUGAGCUGUUCUUGGAUAUCUGAUUGUCCCCUCUGUGGCUUCCAGAGAGUGUCUGUGUGAGGACAGAGCAUGGAGGGACCCCGGGCAAGCAGGGAUUGGUCAGCUGCAGCCUCAGGGGCCUUGGGAAUUACGGGUGCAAAGAUUCCCUAAGUGCCAGAGGCACUGUGGGCUUCUGUGCUCCUUCCCAUCCUCCCACAGAACUUUCAGGAUUGCUUUUGGACUUGAGAGCAGUGAACUUCAUGGAAGAAAUAAUGAACAGAUUUCAAGCAGUAGGACUGUCUCCCUUGAAGGAAUUUACAAGUCUUGUACACAUAAACUCACUUUAAGGGUUUUCUGAUGUAGUUCUAAAGCAUGAGAAUGUCUUCAUGCUAAUAACCUGAGUCAGUAUAUACCUUCAGAAAAAUAUAUUGAAUUUUGGAGGCAUUUGUAAUAGCUGUAUGUAAUAUUUCUACCAUAUGUUCUGAGUUACCUCUCCUUGCAAAACCUCACAGUUAAUUACUUCUUGGUUCCUAAGGCUUUAAUUUACAAACCAAAAGGAAGAGUUUAAAAAAAUCAACUAAAAAUUAUUAAUAGAUAAAAGAUGUCUAUGGCAGUAUGCCUUUUUGUCUUCUGAAACAAUGGCAGAUUCUUCAUCAGCAGCUUUAUCUGUGAGGGUUUCAAUUAAUGGACAUGGAUUUAGUCUUUGCAAAUGCCAGUAUGGGCUCACUGAACAGAAAAUCAAAAAAUUUCAACUUUUGGCUUAAAAACUGAAGCUUUCCACCUGUUUCAGUUUCUUAGAGUCAGAGCAUGGUUGUGUUCUUACUUAGGGGGUAAUAGCAAACCAGAUUACUGUAUGUAUCAUUCAGUUAAUAAAAAAAUGUUGUGAGUUAAGGAGUGAUUGUAAAUUUCUACCAUGUCCUAACAAAAAUAAAUUGUUCUAUAGGACCUAAAAUGGUCAUAGUGUUGUGUAUUGUCAGAGCAUUGUGGCUAGAAACUGUGUUAUCUGUCUGGACAUACAGACAAAUAUAACAAAUAUUUUAAAUAAUACAUAAUUUAAUAAUGUAAAUAGUCUUAAAGCAUUGGUGUUUUGUUCUAUGAAAAACUAGGGGGAAAAUAAUGAUUUUGGUUUUGCUAAGUAGCUUGACUCCGGAAUUCUCUUGCAUGAUGCUGAUGCCAUAGAUGGAUCUUUGGGCUGUGAGCAAUUCCCUGUUUGGCCAGCCUGGCCUGAGAAGCCAGCAAGUCAGUAAAUGAUACUGUGGAAAAGCCAGGUCCUGCAGAUAAGAGCUUUCCUUACUAGGAAUUGGCAGAGUUAUCUCACAGUGCCAGGGGAAGGUACCAUUUUUCCAGCAAGCAGAAAGAAGCUGUUUUAGGAAACUUCAUCUUGAAAGCUUUUUAGAGCAGAAGGAAGGGUGGAAGGGGAGGAGACUGCCAGUGCAGGAGCUCUCCUUGUAACUCAGGGAAUGAGGAGAAGAGCCGUGAGCAGCUCCACUUGAAAUUACUCAAAACGUUCACUCACUGUUCAGGUCGCCAGCGGUUCUCGGUGACUUUUCCAUCACGCAGGCGUAUCCCUGUCUGCAUCUCCAGGCUCUGUAAAGGCAUUGCUCCUGUGCUGGUCCUUAGGCUGGAUGCAGGGAAAAUGGGUUUCUUGGGAGAAGAAUAUUCCUCAGUUUUCUCCGGUUCUUUUCACGUGCUGAGUCCUUUCUGGCACCUCCGUUCCACGAGGUGGCACCGUUCCCGGGGAGAGGCUGCUCUGCUGCCUGGGGUCAGAGGGCUCAGGGAUGCUGCCUGGCAGCACGCACUUCAGGAGCUUUCUGGAAAUGGCUGUACUUUUCCACUGAAAAUGGACGAUGAUGAUGACGACAUUCCCCAGCUUUCAUCCCAUACAUUGGCUGCCCUCCAGGAGUUCUAUUUGGAGCAGCAGGAGAGAGAGGGCAUGAAGACCUCCCAAGGGUUUAAUCAAUAUUCCAUUGGCUCAAUAGAAGAAGACUGGCAACUGAGCCAGUUUUGGUACAGUGAUGAAACCGCAUCAUGCCUGGCUAAGGAAGCAGUUCUGGCAGCUGGAAAAGGUGGCAGGAUAGCAUGCAUUAGUGCACCGAGUGUGUACCAGAAACUGAAAGAGCAGGAUGGUGAGGAUUUUUCCGUGUGUAUACUGGAGUAUGACAGAAGGUUUUCUGUGUAUGGAGAAGAGUUUAUCUUCUAUGAUUACAACCACCCUUUGGACUUGCCUGAAAAUCUCCUGCCACACAGUUUUGACAUUGUAAUAGCAGAUCCACCCUAUCUGUCUGAGGAAUGUCUUCAAAAGACUGCAGAGACCAUCAAAUACCUAACAAAAGGAAAGAUUCUGCUUUGCACAGGUGCAGUCAUGGAAGAACAGGCAGCAAAGCAUCUUGGUGUGAAGAUGUGCAAGUUUAUUCCAAAACACUCACGAAAUUUAGCCAAUGAAUUCCGAUGCUAUGUGAACUAUGCUUCUGGACUGGACUGAUUUUCCUAAGAUCAUCUACAAACCUACAACUUUUUCAGUCAAGCUUCUUUCUGUUUACUGUCAGUCAUGCCACAUUUCUCAGGGCUGAAAUAGUCAGCUCUGAGUACUGUUUUCUGGGAUGGCUGGAAUCAACACGGUGUGAUAGCCUCUCUCUUUUAAAUGAGUAAGCAUUUGCAGUCACUGUGUUUUGUAUUAGAUAAAUGCAGACCAAGCAAUGCAGGUGCUGGAUAACGGAAACUUCUUUGUUAGUUUCAUUUUAACUGGUAGCUUUUACCAUUUGAGGACACAUCAGUGACCUCUUUGACGUGAUUUUAGCUUGUAACAACAUAUAGGUGUUUGCCUUGCAGGCGUCAGAAUCGUCAUUGCCAAAGAACGUGAUACUUCUGUAGUAGUGUGACCCACACAUGUCCCUUAAAUCUUGAAUCACAAUGGCUCUGAUUAAAUAUAAUGCUUGCUUCUUAAUAAUUUCAAUAUCAAACUGAAGAGGAUCUACAGAUAUGUCAAGUUACAAGAAUGGUUAUGAUUUUUCUUCCAGUUGUCUGGUGUUAUCUUUUUCUCCUGUUCCACAGACAGCAGCAGAGCAGUAGAAUAGAAGCAUCUUAAAAAUCAUUGAAUCUUACAAGGCCACUGAAGAAUAACAUAUUUAUAAACUCCCACUGUUUCAACUAGAAAAAUGUUAGAUUUUAUAUUCAAGGUUUGGACUAUAUUUCAAUCAAAAUAGAUGAUACAGUGGAAAAGCUUUGCUUUGCAUAAGUAGAGAUUUUUGAUAACUGAGAAUUUUAAAGCCAGUUUUGACUAACCUUUUGACUGCACUACAGAAGUAUUUUUGGGUGGAAAUUAGUUCAUAAAUUUCAAGGCACUCAAUACUUUUAUAAUCUCUAGAAACAUUCUACAAAACACAAGCACUUGUCUUUGUAUGUCACACUGUGUAAAGGCAUCUACAAAAUUAAUCACAUAAAAUCAAGUACUAAAUUUAUUGUGUGGUGGGAAUAAGCCUAAUUAAGCUUGUGAGAUGAGACUUUUUAUAAGGCAGUGAUAAUGCUCAUGUUUCUGCUGUUUGGAUGCAGAUUUUCCCAUCUGGAGGAGUAAACAUCUGAGCAGGAAUAAUGUAGAUGGAUUCUAAUCCUCUCCCAGUGCUCAGAGAAGGGUGUUUGUCUGAGCUGAACACAAGAGUGGUUCGUAAAUACCCACCCAGGCCACUGUAGCUCUCCUCCCCAUUUUCCAAAAGAUCUGUUUGCUUCCUGAGGCAAACCCUCCUCACGUUUUAUACCUGUCGCUUCCUCCCUACGUGUAGUGUUCCUGGGUUCCAUGGUAACAGUUUUGUUCCUCUUUCACACGCCUUGGUUUCUGUCAGGCUGGUCACAGGUGUUGUAAAAACAAGGGAAGUGCAGGAGGAAGCGCUUGCAGAGCAGGCACCGGCCUCUCCUUUCUGCUGUGUGAGCCCAGGGCCCAUACAGUCUUGCCUUUCAAACCAGAUGCCAUCCUUGCUGCUGAGCCAGAAUUCCCCUGAAAAUGACUGUCCACAGGUGAAAUACACCUGGGUUUAGUUGUUUCUGGGAGGCCACAUCAUCACUUUCAUCUGGCCAGUUUGAAAAUGAAGCAAACCAGAAUGGUGACUGCGUAGCUCUUGGCACUAACCUGUACUUUAAACUGGUUUAUUACCUCAGUGUCUUGCGCACCAAACACACGGAGACAAUGAAGAAACUCAUGAAACUUCAUUUUUAACUGCAUAGAGGCUUCAAGUGGGACAGGUGUGAUUGCCAGAAGGGAUGAUGCUGUUCCCCUGCCACCCACCUAAAUUAGAAUGUGCUGUUCAAAUCAAAGCCUCACCUAUUUUGCUGCUUUGUUCGCUUCACUUUGGUAAAUGUGUAUUAUUGGGCUCUCCACAGCAGAGUUAAAAGUCAACUUCGCUAACUUCAUCAGAGAUAUUUCUUAAAAAGAUAAAAGUGCACCAUUCAGUUGUACCAAGAAGUUCACUUCCAAGAAAAUCACCGCUGCUUCUCACAUGUAGGUCAGACUGUUUGAAAAGGGGCUCUGUGAAGAUGCAUAGUUACGGAACUGAGGGUACAAGAAAAUCUGUGCAGAUGCACUCAACAGAGCAGCCCGUUGUCCACCAGCUUCCCUCUUAAAAGCCUGGGGAGUGCCCACAGCUGCCCAAGCAGGGUUUGACUAGUGGCAUUUACAGCUUUCAUCAGUGAUGGGAGGUAAACUAUUCUUGUCUUACUUGAUUCAAGGAAGUAGCUGUUUCUGAGAAGGGUACAAGUCACAAAAUCCAUAGUGAGUUUGUGUUUGUGCCAGCGUGGUAACUAAGAAAUAGUAUGUGACAGCACAACCCUCUUUUCUUCUGUAACAGGAUUGUGAAUAAAAAUGUCCGUGUCAAAUA